AUGCGUCUUCUAACACACAACCUCCUUGCAUGCCACGCAAAAGCCUGUCAAACGACAUCGAACAACUUCCCACUUCUCCUCCAAAACGUUCAGCUUGAACUCAUCGAAGCCGAACCAAAUGAGACGUUCAUCAAGGGCUUCCUACCCAAGCUCGAUUGGCCAGCACUAGUCAAGACCGCGAGAAGUUUGGGUGAUACAUCGUUGCCAGACCAGGGUCCGGAUCCGUCGAAGCCGUUUGAAGAUGAGGAGCUGAUCAAGGCGUUACAUCGGGUUUUGCUAGAGAUUCACGUCGUCGAGGGUCAAAUGGUGUGCCCAAACUGCCAACAUAUCUACCAGAUCCGAAGCGGGAUCCCAAACAUGCUUCUUGCUGAGCACGAGAUCGGCAAGUAA